AUGUUCUCCAACCUUGUUUCUAAUUUACAUCAAGAAAUUCUUACACUUAACUGUUUUAAAUUGCAUAAGCUUUCUCAUAUACCAUCCCUUAUCUCUACUUUAUCUGGCUUAGUUCCUAUUGACCUUAUUUCUACUAUUCAUAAUACUUUUAUUCUUUACCAUACAGCUACCUUACUUUUUAUUAAAUUUCUCCUUCAUUUAAACCAACAAAUAUACAAACAAAUAUGGAUUCUAUAUUGUAUUUUACAAUCAGCACAGCCUUCAACUACAUCUUCUAUAAACUCAACUUAUAAUUCUCCUUCUAGUCUAUCAUUACCUCCUAUCUCAAUAUUACAAAUUAUUACUAGAAUUGAUCUUUGGACUAUUCAAUGGAUUAAAUAUUAUACCCCUCUCUUAUAUAUUAUUACUAAUACCCAAAUCUAG